AUGAACAAAUAUCGUGAAAUUCUAGGUGAAGAAAAAAAGAAGAAUGUCAGUAAGAGUGCUGAGGAACUGAUCCGAUCUGGACCAUGGGAUAUUGACGAUUCAAAUGAUAAUGAAGUAGAACUUUGUUAUUUUCCUUGUAUACUAUCAAAAGGAAAAGAAACAGAAAUUUAUUACAAAUUUCAAGUUACAAUUCGAAAAAAAUCGAAAUCGCCUUAG